AUGAAAUAUUCAAAGUUACUACUUGCAUUAACCUUAACAUCAGUAUCACUAGCAGCAGCAGUCCAAGCAGACGAUGUCGCUUUAGGUGCAGCAAUCCCCGCCGAAGGAUCUGAAUCUGACUAUGAUGCUGCCAAAGGAAAUGGUAAACUCAGUGUUCAAGUAAUAAACGAUCAAGAUAACCAACCAACCCCAGAUAACCUCAAGAAUCCAUUAAAACCAUACAAUAGUAGUGAUUCAGAAGACGAUGACGACGAAGAAGUUGAAUCAUCAUCCUAUAAUUCAUUUAUAAUGUCAAUUUCAAUGAUUAUAGUUUCUGAAAUUGGAGAUAAGACAUUCUUAAUUGCUGCAUUGAUGGCAAUGAGAAAUUCUCGAUUAGUUGUAUUUUCAGCGGCGUUUAGCUCCCUUGCAGUUAUGACAGUUUUAUCUGGUAUAGUCGGACAUGCAUUACCGACAUUAAUUUCACAAAGAUUGACACAAUUUUUAGCAUCGAUUUUAUUUGUGGUAUUUGGAAUUAAAUUAUUAAAAGAAGGUUUAUCUAUGUCUAAGGAUUUAGGUGUAGAUGAAGAAUUAGCAGAGGUUGAAGAAGAAAUCGCGUCAAGCAAAUUAAAUUAUCAAUUAAAUGAUAUCGAAGGUGGUAUAAAAGAAUCAAAACCAUCCAAAACGGAAUGGUAUCAAGAAGUAGGUCAACAAGUUGAAGAUUUAGCUUCAUUCAUACUUAGUCCUGUUUGGAUUCAAGUAUUUGUUAUGACUUUUUUGGGUGAAUGGGGUGAUAGAUCACAAAUUGCAACUAUUGCCAUGGCUGCUGGUUCUGAAUAUUGGUUUGUUAUUAUGGGUGCUAUUAUUGGUCAUGGGCUUUGUACUGCUGCUGCAUGUCUUGGUGGGAAAUUGUUAGCUAAGAAGAUCUCAAUGAGAAAUGUUACUUUGGGUGGUGCAAUUGCAUUCUUUAUCUUUGCUAUGUUAUAUUUUUAUAAUGCUUAUUAUGAUAUCGAAGGAUAA